AUGGCUUUUAUCCGCCCGUUCAGGCCCGAGGAUACAGAAAAUGCGAAACAUAUUUGCCGCGCUACUUUGCCCCCAUCUCUGUCGUCGUCCGCCGACGCAGUCCGCCUGUCCCCGUACCUCUGGACCCUCCCCUUCACGCACCUCUCGCCGGAGACGUGCUUCGUCCUGGACGACGGCUCCGGCAACGCGGUCGGCUACGUGAUCGGCACGUCCGACGUGUUCGCGCUCGCGGCCGCCUACCCGCGCUACGUCGCCGAGGUGCUGCAGGCCGGGCAGGGCCGGGCGGACGUGCCGCCGCCGGAACAGCUGGACGUGCAGGAGCCGUGGUUUCUCGCUGCCGAUGGUGGGGCAGGAAGAGAAGGAGAUGGAGAAGGAGGAGAGUACAGGGCAAGGGUGAACCCGCGAUGUCUGGCACAGAUGGCGUACAAGGUCGAGUGGCUGGUGCUGGAGGGCGUGGAGGGCAAGAAGGAGUUGGUGGAGACGUACCGGGCCAUGCUGCACAUCGACCUGCUGGAAGAGUGGCAGGGCAAGGGGUGGGGGAGGCAGAUGAUUGAGAAGUUCGUCGAGGCGGUGAGGGCGUCCGGGGCGCAGUUUGGAAAGGGGAUCCAGCUGGGUGUCGCGGGGGAGAACACCAAGGUGGUGCCGUUCUACGAAAAGGUUGGCUUCCGGGUCUAUCCGGGCGGGGAGAGAGAGGGCAACGUAUGGAUGGUGAGGGAUCUGUGA